CAGAAUCUUCAGAUCACGAGAACAUCCUCCAUUAGGCAGUUGUUCAUGGUAUGCAAAAUAUUGCCGAACAAAUGAUUAAAAGCGGUGUCGAUGUCAAUGUGCAGGGAAAUUAUCGAGACAUUAGCGCACUCGAGGCUGGAUCGGCUGCAGGCCACGAGAGUAUUGUUAAAUUAUUGCUCUCCAAAGGCGCUGAUCCAAAUAUCCAUGGGGGAGCUUUUACGAGUCCGCUAGAAGCUGCCAAAGUUUUGGGACACGAAAUCAUUUCUAAAAUGCUUCUAGAAUCGAAAGCCGAUCCUCGUAUUAAAGUGGAUACUGGGAAUUUUAAAGAUAUCUUAGAGCGAGAAUCCGGAAAGGGGAAUGAAUCUAUCGUCUAUAUUUUGCUCAACAAGGGUACCGACGUCAACGCGCAGGGCGGCAAGUACGGCAAUGCUCUCUACGCUGCUUCUU